AUGCGAAAUGAGAACGCCACCGCCGGCGCAGCCGCAGCCGCAGGGUUCACAGCCGUGGUUGUUAUGCAUCCCCUUGAUGUCGUUCGAACUAGGUUCCAAGUUAACGAUGGUCGAGUGUCGCAUCUUCCCAGUUAUAAGAACACUGCUCACGCCGUUUUCACCAUUACUCGCUCCGAGGGAUUAAGAGGUUUAUAUGCAGGCUUUCUUCCUGGGGUUCUUGGGUCUAGUAUUGCGUGGGGUUUAUAUUUCUUUUUCUAUGACAAAGCCAAAAAAAGAUAUGCAAGAAACAGUGAGGGGAAGUUGAGCCCAGGUUUUCAUCUUGCCUCAGCUGCUGAAGCAGGAAGUUUGGUUUGCUUGUGCACAAAUCCUGUGUGGCUAGUAAAGACAAGAUUGCAGCUUCAAACUCCAAUUCAUCAGAUCCGUCCAUACUCUGGGCUUUAUGAUGCAUUUAGGACCAUAAUGAGGGAAGAAGGAGUGAGUGCACUUUACAAAGGGAUUGUUCCUAGUCUGUUUCUGGUUUCUGUUGGUGCUAUUCAGAUCACAGCAUAUGAGCAGCUACGUAAAGUUGUUGUUGAUUUUAAGAGUAAGAGAAUUACAAUACAUAAUCAAAACCCUGAUAAAUUACUGAAUUCUGCCUAUUAUGCUGUUCUUGGAGCAACAUCAAAACUUGCUGCAAUACUGCUAACCUAUCCAUUUCAGGUUAUACGAACCCGAUUGCAGCAACGACCUAGUGAUGAUGGGGUUCCAAGAUAUAUGGGCACUUGGCAUGUUGUGAAAGAAACUGCACGAUUUGAAGGUGUACGGGGUUAUUACAAAGGAAUUACCGCAAACCUGUUGAGAAAUGCUCCUGCUUCUUCAAUAAUAUUUAUUGUGUAUGAAAAUGUUCUAAAAUACCUUAAACCGUCUAGAAGGAAUGACUGA